CGCAGUCCUCGCAGUUUUAAGAACCAUUCGCGUUCGGUCUGCAAAACUCUUCGGCGUUGAGGAAAUAAAAAAAGAAACGGUACAAGAAAAACGGUGACAUCGUCGAUGUGUGAGUGAAUUGCAAAAGAAACGCGGUGUGUCAUGACUUUUUGACAUUUUAAAAGAAGUCGAAAUUGAGAGAAGGACCCAAAAUUGCAAGAACAACAUUAUUUGGUUAUUGAUGACUUCAAAGCUUAAUACCGGAUUAAUUUAAGAUUAAGUGAAGAUUUUUUUGGGGAUAAAAUGACCGCAAUAGUUGAAUUGGAAAGUUGGUUGAUUUAUCAAUGUAUUGUAACUGAAUGCAACGAUUGUUUAUGAUUUAUUUUAUUAUUUUUUAAACAACGCCUACAUACCCCCAAAAAUUAAAAAAAAUAGAAAAUGUUGGAUCCAGUCAUGACGGAGAGUGCGUUUAGGGCACGCGAUAUCGGCCUAAGGGCUCAAAAGAAAAUUCUUUCGAGGAUGGCAGGAAAAAAUGUCGCAAGGGCUUUUAUCGAUGACACAACGGCGUCUUUGUUGGAUAAUUUAUAUCGUUUGGCUAAGCAAUACUCAAAUAAUAAAAAAGAAGCCGAAAAGUUAGUAAAAAACAUAAUAAAAGUAGUAAUAAAAUUAGGAGUUCUCCACCGUAACGGUCUUUUCACCGCCGAAGAAUUAAAACAAGCGGAACGUUUUAAAUCAAAGUUUCGAAUCGCUGGAAUGGCAAUUAUAUCCUUUUACGAAGUCGAUUUUAGUUACGACCGUAACUAUUUGACGAACGCCCUCGGGGAAUCACACAAGUGCCUCAGGUUCAUUGUUUCGAACCACUUAACGGAAAAAUCUUUAGCGAGAAUCGACAGCGUCUUUAAUUAUUUCGGCAACGAACACUUUUUGGAUUCGAUUUUUAAGCCGGACGGCGAAUACAGGGAUAUUUUAGGUCGGGUCGUUACCGAUUUGAAUAAAGCCAUCGAAAGCGGAGAUCUUUAGUGAUUCAAUUAAAUAUUAAAAAACGACCAAAAAAUUCUUCAAAAAUGUUAAUAUCAAAGGAAAGAAUGUUUCGUAUUUUUUUCUCUAUCACAUAUCUUCUUACGUAGGUUUGUCUUUAGAUAAAAGACCAAGAAUCGAAAUUGAUGAAGGUAUUUUUACACUAAAAAAUGAAUCAUAUCACGAGCAUAACAUUUUUUUUCUAAUACUUAGAAUAGUUUUUACAUCCACGCAUUGAAAUAAAUAAUGUCACCGUUCUUAGACAAUAAAUGCUAAAAAAAAUCUGUCCCCCGUUUUACUAUUAAAUAAUAAUAAAAACAGAAAGUGUUAAAAUAAAAGGCUUUUGCCAAAGAGUUUUAUUUAAUCGAAAUAUUCUUGCGUUUUUUUUGUAAAAUAAUUAAUUUAUUAAAUUUUCUGUGAUUUCCUUUUGUUUGAUUUAAGUUUAAUUUAAUUAAAUUAUCUUAUUAUGUAUUAAGGUUAAUAAUAAUUAAUAGUUAAGAAGUUAAUCGAUAUUGAAACGAAUUUAAGCCGUGAAAAACCUAGUCAAGUGAAACGGCAAAUAAAAAUAAAACGUAAUUUUAUUGUAUGUAAAAAAAAAGCAUUUUUUGUUUUGUUAAUUAUUAGCAAUACACAUAAAUGGCUAUAAAACAAAACUCAUCGUUUGUUAUAUUAGGUUGUAAGGAUAUUUUCUCACUCUUUGAAUAAUGUUUAUUUUACAAUUAUAUCCAAAAAUAAAUUUAUAAAAUGA